GAUAUCACUCGAAAUGACCUUCCAUGGGAAUUCAUGACAGACCGUCUCCCAACCAUUUUAUUUUUUCCUCAUCAGAGGAAGGAACAAAGUGUGAAGUUCCCUGCAGACUUUUCAGUUAACCUUCCUAAUCUCCUUAAAUUUAUUUUACGUCACUCAAGUCUUUCUUCAUCGGAGCCCUGUACCAAAGAAUGCCUACAUAAAGAGACCGUUCUACAGCAAGGACACAUCUCCCACUUAGAGAGAGAAAUUCAGAAGUUAAGAUCAGAAAUCAGUGCCCUUCAUCAGGCUCAUAACCAGCUUGAAGCACAGCUUUCUGAAGCUAGGAGAGAGGAACAUAGACUACAGCAGCAAAAACACACACUGGAAAAGCAGCACAAGACUCUGCAGCUCCACAGUGAGCAGUUACAGGCCACAUAUGACCAGAAGAAUCAAGAAUUAUUAGAAAUGGCUGAGAAGCUUCAAGAAUUAGCUGAUGCAUCAGAAAACCUCCUUAAAGAGAAUACUUUACUGAGAAUCCUGGUGGCAUCGAGGGAAGGAAAGCUACAGGGCAAAGAUGAAAUGAAAGAAUCCCUUCAGUCAGAGCAAACACUUUCUGAAGAUAAUGAUAUAUCAGUUUCAGCAGCUACUGCCACAUUAGGGGGAAAAACGACUGAUAAUAUUGAUACCAUAGAGCACAGUAGCGGAAACAGGACAGAAUGAUUGCUUACACAGAGUCAAGGCAGUAUUGGGUAGGUAUUUAUGCAAAUUUUAUUGAAAUUCAUUGUAAAUAAAGACUUCCCCCACAUGAUCUAG